AUUACUUUGUUGAAUAAUGGAAGCCUGUGUUUUAAUUCCAAAAGAAUUUUCUUUGGCAAUAACGUCUUUAUCUAAUAGUGACACUGAAAUUAAUUUAUGGACUACAACCGAAAUAAAAAAGGGUUCUUUAUUUUAUCCCUUUCAAGGAACAAUUCGAUUUGAUAUCUUAGAUGCUUUUAAAUAUGUAGAAAACGAUGAUAUUCGAUAUCACUUUGGACUUUAUGAUGAAAUUUUAUCCGCAAAUGAUAAAUGGUUUCGUUAUUGUAAUUGGAUCCGAUUUUUACGAGUUUCAGAAAAAUAUGACUCAAAUGUUAAUUUAAUAUGCACUAAACUGAAAGGAGAACCUAUAUAUGAAGCAAUUAAAAAUAUUGCACCUAAUCAGGAAUUGGUUGUUUUCUUUCUUCCCGAUCGAGCAGAAGAACAAUUUUUUGUUAGUAUACGAUUGUCUCUUUAUCGUAAGACUAUGAAUUCAAUUUUAGAAGACUCUCCAUUGGAUCUCUCAACUUCUUUAUUACAUCAUGUUUCGCAUAAUUUACCUGUCUCACCAGUUUCAAGCAGUGAAGAUGAACAUAAAUCUGUGUCUAGUGAUUCGUCUAGUACAGCUAUAGUGUAUUCAAUAAGAGAGAAAAACAGUAUUAUACAUAGCAAAACAAAGAGGAGUAUUUACAAAAUCGACAAUAAAUAUCAAACUCCUAAAAGAUGUCGAAUUGGACGAAACACGCGUUCAUUAUUGCCUUGCAAAGUUUGUGGUAAAGCGUUUGAUCGACCUAGCCUACUUAACCGUCAUAUGCGCACACACACCGGUGAAAAACCGCACGUUUGUGUCAUAUGUGGAAAAGGAUUUAGUACGUCGAGCUCAUUAAAUACACAUCGAAGAAUACACUCAGGAGAAAAACCGCACGAAUGUCAAGUUUGUGGAAAAAAAUUUACAGCAAGUAGUAACCUUUACUAUCAUCGAAUGACUCAUAUAAAGGAAAAGCCGCACAAAUGUAAUAGAUGCUCAAAGUCAUUUCCCACUCCUGGAGAUCUUAAGUCACAUAUGUAUGUCCACAGCGGUUCAUGGCCUUUCAAAUGUAAUAUAUGUCUCCGGGGAUUUUCUAAGCAAACUAACUUAAAAAAUCAUUUAUUUUUGCAUACAGGUGAUAAGCCCCAUAGUUGCAACUUGUGUAAUAAAAAAUUUGCAUUGGCUUGUAAUUUACGCGCUCAUAAAAAAACGCAUGAAGGGGAACCACACGUUGAUUGUGUUAUUUGCGGCAAACUUUUUAUACCAUCAAAAAACGCUGUUUCGACAAAACUAUGUGUAAAUUGUUUCUAUGCAAAUGACUUUAAUAAACUGAACGCUUAUCAAGUGGAGGAUGAGGAAGAGUCAUCGAAUAGUUUAAUGGAGCAUGAAAAAAUUAACGAAGAUUAUCAGAUUGAAUCAGAAAUAAGUUAGACUGAAACACUUUACAAAACUUUAAUUUAUUAAUAAUUUAUUUAUUAUA